AUGACUGCAAAUAGAAUGGACAAUGUAUAUGGAUUGAUUAAAAGAUUGUCAAGAUUAUCGAAGCCAAGAAGCAAAAUUGUUAAAGAUAGGAAUGGGCAACUGAUUCUAGAUGAAGGUGAAAUAGCAACGAGAUGGAAGGAGUACAUAGAAGAUCUGUAUGAAGGAUUGAUAGGAGAAGACAUGAAUAUUGAAAAUAUAAUCGAGGCAAACAAAGAUGACUUAGGGCCAAUCAUAACAAAAUGCGAAUUCACUAAAGCACUAAAAGAAUUGAAACAAGGUAAAGCAGCAGGAAUAGAUAACAUCCCAGCAGAAUUAUUAAAAAACGUUGGAAAAUAUACCGAACAUAAACUAUUUGAAAUGAUUGAGAAAAUUUAUAGAGAUGGCAACAUUCCGAAGGACUUUACCAAAAGUAAAAUAAUACUUAUCAUUAUAAAAAAUAGGAUACGAAAGAAAACCGAAGAAGAACUCGAUGAAGAUCAAUUCGGGUUUAGACAAGGAAUUGGUACAAGAGAAGCAAUUUUAGAGUACUCGCGUAAAGAAGGCUAA